AUGACGUUGUCAAGUCGCGUCGCGAUAUCGUCGUCGCAAGGCGUUGUCGCGCCGACACUCGCCUGCGACCGUUUUCCGCCGUCUUUCUGCUGCACGACGCGCGUCCGCGUCGCGUGUCCCCAACAGUGUGCCGGAGUCUCCUGUGGCGACGAGUUUAUUCACAGUUGUGGGUUUUUUUUUUCAAUUUUAACUGUUUUUCUCAUAUUGUUUAUUUCUGAUUUCUCUGCAUAAGUGGCCACUCUAGGGUAGCAUGCUAGUGGUCCCUAUACGUCUUUUUAUGUUUCAGAAUAAAGUCCGUUUUGAAUUUCGAGUAGAAUGACGUCAUUCGAAAACGCUCUGUGAAUGGCUCGCUCACUGAUUGGUUUAUCGCGCCAUUAGGGGCGGAGCUUCAGCAAAAACUUGACAUUUGAAAUCUGAACAGACUAUAUAACAAGUUAAACAUUGGAAUGUUCAAUUUCUUAAUUUCCCAUGUCGAUUUUUUGAACGUCAGAGUUGUCCCUUUAGGGGUAAUCUGAAAGGCCUUGAGGGUUCCUUCUAGAGACCAGGUUAUUUCCCCCUAAGGGGGGCUGAAGCUUUAAAAAGGGGCCACUCUAGGGAAGUUUGCUGCGUCUUUUCAUUUUUAAAAUCAUAACCAAAAAUAGUUUUGAAUGUGAAAGUCAGGCUACUAAAAAAGAUAAGAAACCAAAAAUCCUGCUUAAAAAAAUGUUUUCUUGGCAGUUUUUUGUAUUUAUGAAAAUUUAAAUAUUUUUAAACUCUUGAAAAAUGAGUAAGUUGACAUGCCAACAUAAAAGAUACAGAGAAUCUCAAAAAUCGUGAAAAAGAGAAAAAAAACGGGUCCGAGUUGAUCAGAAGAAACGGGAACGUGUGCCUCCCUCUUCAAAAAAUGUGGCCGUGGCGAUCCAAUCGUUUCGAGAAGUUGAUCUUUUUUUGUAACUUUUCUGGCUUCUGAGGGGUCCCUAUAGGGGCUUGUUGUUCAAGGGAUCUCUAUAGGGGUCAAAGUUCUAGGGGCCCCUCAAGGGGUUUCUUCUGUAUCAAGUCCCCCCUUCAAAAAUGUGGUCUUGGCGAUCUAAUCGUUUCGGGAAUCCAAUGUUUUUUGUAAUAGGACUUUGAUUUUUUUUUACGAUUCUCCUGAGGGGUUCUUAUAGGGGUCAAAACUUCAGGAAUCCCUAGAGGGGUUUCUACUGCGUCAAGCGCGCCCCAUAGCUAAAAACUUGAGGAACUACUGCCAAAAAAUCAAACUUUCUUUUUUUUCGAUUUUCUCGUUCUGUUGGUUGUUUUGAAAGAUUGUUAGUUUUUUAUUUAUUUUCAAAAAAUCAAUAAUCUUUUCUUAAUUUGCACUAUAUUAAAAGGCACGUUCCUGGCUCAGAAAAAAACUCGUUUUGAGAGGAAUUAUUUUUUUCUAAUUCCUUUUGUGAAAGUUCAAGUUUUCAAAUACACAUUAUUUCAACUAGUAGGAUCAAAAAAAGCCUGAAAAAGUCGGGUUUUUUUCAUUUACUCAAGUUUUUAAAACCAUUUUUUUCAUUUUUUUCGAAUUUUUCAUUGAAAAAUAAAAAGAUUUUUUUCGAGCAAAAAUUUGGAUAGAACUGUUAAAAAAAUAUAGAAAAUCUUUUUGGAUCUCAGAUUUUUCAAAAACUCCUUCAAGAAACUUGAAAAAAUCUACUUUCAAAAAAAUUUUUCUUAGUGUUACUAGUUCCGAUAAUUGCACUAGUUUUGGGGGCUGAAAAAAAUCAGGUUUUAUUCAUUUUUCUAUGACAAUUUUUUUCUCGUGAAUGGAAUAAAAAAAUUAUAAAAAAACCUUUUUAAAAAAGUCAUACAGUAGGUCAUUUUGAAAGAAGGCGAUAUUGCGACUGAAACAAGAUUUUAUUGAAAAAAAUGAAGUGAAAUAAGAGUUUCGAAACGUAUUCUGACCGGGUUUUUUGUUAUCAUUUGUUCAAAAAUAAAGCAUUUUUUGUUACUAAACUCUAACCUGCACUUUUACUAAUCAAACUUCGAUUUUUCAGUACUUUCCAUCGAUUCGCCGAGUCAUCAGGAGGCUCGUGACGGGAAUGCCCACGUCGGAGGAUGGCAGCCCACCUUUAAUUUUGGUUCUAUCGCAGGUAAGACCGCGAAGCAAGCCGCGACGCGGCCCGGGCUAAGAAACUUUAAGUGAUUCCAGGCGCGAACUCCGGCACGGCUUCGAUCCACCGACCUGAGGUCGACGUCCUACCUCCGCCAGCUCCCCGACGCGUCUCUGAGCCUGACCCAGCGCCCCCACCCCCGCCAGCCGCGUUUCUUCCCUCCCGGGAGACGUUGAUGAUCGGGGUGACCCAUCCGCCCGGCGGAUUCCCGACUUUGAUCCCGUUCUCGCCCGAAACCAUCACGACGAUGGUGACUGCGGCGCCGCCGGCUGCGAUUCCCGAAGAAUUGACUACGGUUACCGUAAGAAUCUGAUGUUUUUGAAGGGGAACUUGAACUGGGAGUCUGCAUCUUUCCAACAUUUCCUGAGCCUUUAAAAUCCCAGAAAGGCCUCGAUAAAGGGACCCUUUUUGCUACCUUUCUGCGGCCUUUUUUGAGCCAUUUUGCUCCAUUUUCUGAGCCCUUAUGCACCAUUUUUGCUGCCUCUUUCCACCAUUUCUUGAGCUUUUAAAAUCCCAGAUAGGCCUCGAUAAAGGGACCCUUUUUGCGGCCUUUUUGCUGCCUUUCUGCGACCUUUUUUGAGCCUUUUUGCUGCCUUUCUGCACCCUUUUUUGAGCCUUUCAGCCGCCAUUACCCACCCUUUCCGACGUGCCUAUGCUGAUAGUUCCAUAAUUUUAAAAAGUAGACAUUUUUCCGCUUUUUUUACUUCCUUGACCCCCCCACCCAUAAUUUUGAAAUAAAUAAGAAAACGUCCAUUAUUCAAGAUGCAACCUCGUCGAAGAACCACGCCGGACCCGAGAAUUAUCCGCCCUCCAGAUUCCCUGGUUAUCAUUGGAGAUUACGACGAGGAAGCUUCUGAAUCCGAAAAUUCGCUCAAUUCGAUGCCGCCUCGUGGGAUUUUCUCACAGAUUCUUCGAUAUUUUAAAAAAUUCAGCAUCUCAAAUCCAACCUCGAUCUAUCCGACUAGAACCCGUUGAAACCUUCCGGAGACGGUCCGAAUCCAUGUCCGGACAGACCUUCGGAGCCUCUCAGAAGUUGGUUUUUUGGGUUUCUGCCAAGACUGUCUUUAAGAAAUGGAGUUUAAGGUUUUUUUUUUUGGUUUUUCGAGAAGAUUUUCCUCAGAAAAAUAAUGGAGAAUGAAAAAAAUACACUUCGCAUUCAGAAUGGCUCAACGCGUAGCGGUUGCGGUGCUGUUAAGACGAAUUUUUAAAGCUUUCUUGAGAUGAACAGUGCCAAUGCGCGAAAGUCACUUGAAGUCGGGCGCACUUUUAAAGUAACUGCGACACGUUUAGCCACCCCCAGUGCACACUUCGAAUAAAGAACUGGCUCAAAGCGUAGCGUUUCCGGUGCUGUUAAAACGAAUUUCUAUAGUUUUGUGAGAUUUACAGCGCCAAUGCGCGAAAGUCACUCGGGGUCGGGCGCACUGUUAAAGUAACUGCGACGCGUUGAUCCUUUCUUAUUGCAAUAAACUUUUUCGAAGUUUAGGAAAAAAAAUAACUGAAAAAUCGGUUUUGAAAUUCAAAUUAUCAUUCAACAACCUACAGUAUCUUUCAUUUUCAAAUUUUGAAUUACCGUAAGCCUACAGUAUGAACAUUUUAGAUUUUCUUGAUUUUUGGGAGUCUUCGCUGUUUCUUUGUGAGUUCUUUAUCAUUGAAAAACGAACUGGGUGGUUUUAAAGUUAUUUUGACAUUACCGUAUAUCCUACAGUAUCCAUGUUCAUCAAUUCCGAGUUUUCCGAAAAUUCCAUACCCUCCAAACGUCUUCAAAAAUCAAAAUUGGUCGUUACGGUAAACCCACCGUAAUGCCUACAGUAAGCGGCUGACGUGUCGAGUCUGGCCGCCGGGUCGGCUCCUCUGCGAACCCCGAGUCGCGACAUCGCGUCGCGGAAAAUCUACUCCCAAGACACCGAAGCGACAUCGCAAAAACUUCACGACCAAUCGGAUUCUGAUGCCUUUGACGACCAUCGCGCGUGAUCGAUUUGCUCGACGCAGCAAAUUUGACCGGAUUCUGAUGAGGUCUGACGACGAAAUAGCAUGACGUCAUCUGCACUGCAUGUUCUCGUCUGACGACGUCUUCUGCAUGUCUCGUGUCGGACCUUUGGUGGAAGGAUUUCUAACACAUUUCUGAAAAGUUUUCUAUUUUCUAAUGACUCCUCUCCAUUAAUCUUCCUCAAAUUUUUGUGUCUCCUAUUUAGAAAUGACGUCAUUCUUGAUAAUUGAAAAAUCAGCUAAUUAUUGACUUAUUUUAAUUUAUUAAUGCGUUUUUUCCGGAAAAAAAACCCCUAACUAUUUUUCGAUGCAAAUUUUUAGCUGAAUGGUGAUUUUAGCUUUGAUUUUUACUGCUAGUUAGAAAAAAUGAAGAUCUCCACUUUUACAGUGUAUUAUUUGAUGUUUUCAGAGGCGACGAAUUGAAAAUGACGUCAUUUAUUUAUUUAUUUUUUGACUUGAUUUAACGCGGACCUCGGUAACACAAACAGGACGUCCCUCGGACGUUUCUGAUAACUUCUAGGGAUCACUCAAGGGUACUGACGUCGCUAAAGUGGUCACUAGAAGUUCGAGAGUUCUAACGCUGCUAAUCUGGUCAUUAGAAAUGCUCAGAAACGUCUUGAGCGUGUCCGAUUUGUGUUACCGAGGUCAGAAAUGUGAAUUUUUUUUUAAUUCCAGGUAUUUUUCCUUCUUUGUGAUUUUUUAUCGAUUUACAAUAUUUUUGCAUGGGCAUGUAUCUACAAUAUUAUUCCUGUAACCUUUUGUAGGAACUUGAAUGGAAAAUGACGUCAUUUAAUUAUUUGUCGACUUAUUUGUAAUUUUCGAUGGUUUGAGUUGGAUAACUUCCUCUUUUUUGUUUCUCGGUUGAUUUUUUUUUUUUCGAUUCCGCGCUCAAGUUCCAACAAUAUUCUUAUAGGCAAUGUUUCCCGACUUGAAAGGCGAGGGAGGCGUGGCAAGGGGCGGGACGCGUAGCGUGUGCGUACGCGGUUCUUGGCGCGUGUUCAAUUAAACCGCUAGCGAGCAUUCAGAGAGCUUUAUAAUCGCUCUUUUUCACUUCUUUUUUAAUUAUUUAUUGAUUAUGUUCAUGUAUGCAUCAAAAAAUAAUAGAAAACAUUGUAAAAGAGCGGUUGCCGAGCUUUUUUAAAUAGUCGGCGGCGAUUGAUUGAAUUGAACUGGCGCCAAGAGCCGCGAACGCACACGCUACGCGUCCCGCCCCUUGCCCCGCCUCCCUCACCUUUCAAGUCGGCAAACAUUGACUAUACCAUACUUUUUUUUGACAAUGUCGCAAAUUUAAUUUAAAAUGACUUCAUUUUUUAUUUUCACUACUUCUUUCCCAUUUGUAGGAUCUUUUGAGGUGAAUAAUCAUCCCAUAAAUUUUCCUUUGUUCACUAUCAUCAUUGCAUGAGCAUUUAAAAAAAAUACUGAAGUUUUUCAAGGACCUGGACUUAAAAUCGCGAUAUUUCAUUAUUUUAUGACUUCUUCCUUUUUUUUAAGAGGCAAUUUUGAGUAUUUUCAUUUGCAUGAGCAUGUUCCAACAAUUCUUCAACUAUCGAUAAAGUUAUCCAAAGAGCAAUUUUUUUUCAGACCAGCGCCUGGAGAAUGGAAAGUCGCUCUGAUCCGACGAGGAUCUUUGGCCUCGACUUCUCCAUCUUCCGUUCCGAACUUCGCUGUUGAUGGAAAGUCUGAAGCUCGUUUUCAGAAAUUUUAUAGGGGUUCGUUUUUUGAGUAAUGUGAUAGUUCCACAGUCGAAAAAUCGAAAAAAAAAAUCAAUAAUUUUUUUUAGUUCCCCAUGUUUUGAUCAGAUACUCAACGCCAGAAAAUGUACUUUUCACUCAAAAUCAUCAUUUUUUCAAUAAAAGAUCUCUUCAGCGAUCGAUUCGAUGAUCACAAGUUUCACUGGAAAAUCGACUGAAGGAGCUGCUCCAGCUCCAGAUUUGCACUCGAGACACGUUCCAGAGGAGAAAAUUGAGCUUGAGGUGAGGAUAAAUCUGAAAUUUUUGGACCUCUCAAAAGUGAACUUCUGGGAAAAAUUCCAAUAGAAACUAGAAAAAAAUUAAGAAAAGUUGGUUUUUGAAGUUGAAAAAGUGAUUAUUUUCGAGAUUUUAAUAUGAAUUUUGACUGGAUUUUUUUCCGCUUUUUCGGCUUUCUCGACGAUUUAUUUUUUUAUUUUCUGAAGUUCGAAUUUAAAAAUAACCGACUUUGAUUGAUUGAAAAUUUUUUUCAUGUGGAAACAGAUUCAGUUAGAAAAAAACGCAAAAUAGAUUGAUCGAAAUUUUCAAGAAAAAAAGAACCAUUAUUUAUCAGGGAGAAAAAUUUUUUUAUGGCCAAUAAUUCAUUUUUUUCGAUUCUCAACAGUGAAAAAAAUUAUGAAAAAAACAAAAAAAUUUCAAAAAAAUUUACGGCCCACUUUUGUCCGUGGAGCAACUUUGCUGCAAACUACAUUUUACCGAUUUUCAGGGAAAUUUGAAAAAAACAGCCAAAUUGUCGAAUCUUUGCCAAGGACAACUUUGGCGCCCGGAGUCACGGGAAAAAGGUAAAAUUAUUUAUUUUUUUGCACUUUUUUUCACAUCACAACUAUAAACUAACACACUAACCAUUUUAAUAUUUAAAUACUAAUCAAAAAAACAGAAAAAUUCGAUAAUUCAAAAAAAUGAGAUAAGAAAUUUUUCAAAGUUAUAUUUUUUUGAUACCUAAAAAAAUACACAGUUGACAUAAGUUCUCUAGAAAUCAAUAGUAAAUGUUUUAUCGGCUCGCGCGAAAGUCGUUUUUGGUCCGGCGCAACUUUGUUUCGCACCCGCGACGCGUUUAGCCAUUCUUCUUUGGACUCAUUUUUCUCUAAGGGUCAAUUAGAAUAACUGGAACUUUAUUGAGAUUUCUUGACCAUUUUCAAAUUUCCUUUAUCUUUCCAGUAUCGGUCCUGCCGUUCCGACCGCUGACUGAGCCUCCAGCCUUUGUCACGGCUCCGCCAGCUGCUCCAGCUCCUUCUCCUCCAGCUCCAGCUCCACCACAAUGUGGCGUGGCUCCGUCUUUCACUCCCUGUGUGAGCACGGAGGUCGCUAGUCGAGGUGGGCUUUUUAGGCGAAGAAAAAUGUUGGAAGUCAUUUUUUUUUUUACUUUGCGGUUGGGAACUUCCUGAAAAUUGACCAAAUAACUCCUUGAUGUACCAGGAGACGAUUCUGAAAGUCUCAACCUGCACAAUUAUCUAGUUCUGAAGAAAUAAGCGUCAAAAUCCACGAAAUAGUUCAUUUUGUCGAUGAACUGCAGUGAACCGUUGGUACAAAAAUUUCAAGUUUCGUUCUGAGAGUUGAAAUUGUUAUCACAUUUACUAGACAUAAUGUGUAAAUUUUAUGGCUAGUUACUGUGAGGCUCCACCCCCUCAUUGGGUUACGGUAGGACUUUUAGUGAAUUUUUCUAACUUUUUUCCUGGUUGACGGAUGGACUCCAAACUUUUUUUCAAAACGGUAUUUCAAACCAUUUUCAUUGAAAAAUUGAAAAAGAAAAAUUUUUUUACCUUGAAAAACGUUUUUUUUCUUCUGAAAAUCGGGCUUUUUUGACGGUUGGGACCCCAAAUGUACUAAAAUUUUAUUUCAUAAUUCGAAGCGACAGGCCUUUCUUAGUCAGAAAAAAACGUGAGCACAUGUUAAAAAAAGAAAAAGUCUAGAGUUCAUUUCGAAGUUCCUAAAAAAGUUUGAAAAAAUACUCGGCACCUUCUUUCCCUUCACCUUUUUUUUGAGACCUUUCGGACUUCGCCCGCGGGCGGGCCGGCCCUUGCAAAAAGCACGGACGAAGUCCAAACAGCCUUUAAACAGGCCUCAAAAAAGAGUCUAGAGCUCCUUUUUAAGUUCCUAGAAAGGUGUCGAAAGCUACUAGGGAUUUUUCUUUUUCUCACCCCCCGCCCCGCAAAAGGUCCUUGAAAAAAGGGUUAAGAACAGAGGGGCCUUUUCAAAAAAACCCAAAGGUUCUUCCUAGGUCCUUAAGCACUUUGCCCCUGAUUUUUUGAAUGAUUCAGUUAAUUUCAGGCCUUCUCGAGUGCUGCCGAAGGAAAAAUUUGCCCGCCGGAUGUUUGCCCCUGUGCCGUUAUGAUGUUACUCAAGCGGAGGUGAAGAUAUGAAAAAAAUAUUUUAAAAAAAUCAAGCUGAUUGGUGGACUUUGAAAUUUUCGAGUUCUCAAAAAAAUUUUUUUCGCAACGAUGCUCCUUAUUACUGUUUCCGAUAGUUUCUAAAUAUUUUAAAAUUUUCAAUCGAUAGUAAAUUUUUUUAUAGUCGACAAAGAGAGUGAAGAAAGUUUUGGAAAGUUAGGCCGUACUUCCAUUUGUGAAACACGGCCUUCGCUAAAAAAAAAUUACGAUUCCAUUAAAAAAAAAUUUUAUGCCUUCAUAUCACAUUGAUAAUAAAUUUUUGAAAAUAUUCCAUUUUUGUAGAUUUUUCCCUGAGGCUAGUUGAGUACAUGGCUCACCUAAGCUAGUAUUUUUCGCAACGACGCUCCAAAUUACGCCUUUUUUCGCAUCUGCGUAUCUGUGAAAACUUUCAGUGGCCACUAUAGAGGCUCGCCCAGGGCUACUUAGAGAGGACACUGAAGUGGCCACUAAACCAACCUCUAUAGUGGCCACUAUUUUCCGUUUUAGUGGCCACUUCAGUAGUUUUUCAUCCAGUAGCUCUGAUAACUUUAAAGGAAACAAGUUGGACCAGUUAUGUUGAUCCAUUGACCCCUUAAGUGGCCACUAAUUUGACUACUAUAGUGGUCACUAAAAUGUCAAAACCCUAUAGUGGCCACUAAAAAUUUUGCCAAUAUUUUCUGAAAAACCAUUCAAACCAUUCAGGUUCUUGUUUUUUUUAUUUCUUUUUUUAAAGAGUCUUUUUAAAAAAAUUUCUAAAAAGUUAUUCCCCCAUUUGCUUCAAACCUACUAGGUUCAUUGAAACGGCUCAUUUGCAAAAAGAACAUUGGACUUUUGCGUUUUUUUCCUUUGACAUACAUCUACUAUAUAAGGGAAUUAUUUAUAGAUCCGUGGGGCGAUGGACCGUGGCCAGUGUGGCAUUUUCAGUGUGGCGCCGUUUUUGGAGUGCGCCUCGCAGGGAAAAGACAACUCGGAGUGCUGCAGACAGCGUGGAGUCAUCCAGAAGACGUGCGGUUUUUUGAAUCAUAAUUGUGAAUUUCCUUGAAAAAUCGAAGAUUUUGAAGUAACUGGUAUAGCUGAUUCACGGCUGGCUUGAGCCAUUGUAAAAAGGGUCCUGACAUGAUAAUGCACGAGAUAGCGCCUGGCUUGUGGAGAGCGCAGACACGACACGUCCCUUAGCGUCCCAAGCUGGCCGUGAAUCAGCUAUAAAUGUUAACUCGCAGUCUCAGAAGUUCUUAAAACGCUCAGGAACCCCAAAGUGGUCUCUAGAGGGUUUAGAGGAAGAACAGCCCCUAUAGGGGACAAAAAAUUGCUGUGGGGAUUCUCUUAGAGGUUUAGGCUCUGACCUCAAAUUCCCUGAAGCUUAAGUGAUCUCUAUAGGGGAAGUUAUAGAGGUCCCUAGUCACCCAGAAGACGUGCGGUUUUCAGAAUUCAUCGAAUCAUAAUUGUUAAUUCCUUGGAAAAAUCAAAGAUGAACGCCAAAGUGGUCCCUAGAGGGUUUAGGGGGAGAACAACCCCUAUAGGGGUUUAGGUUUUGACCUCUAAGUAGCUUAAAUGGUCCCUAUAGGGGAAGGUAAAGAGGUCCAUAGUUAUCCAGAAGACGUGCGAUUUUCUAAAUUUAUUGUGGACUUCCUGGAAAAAUCAAAAAUUUUGAAGUAACUGGUAAAUUUUAACACGCACCCUCAGUAGCUCCAAAAACACUCAGGAACCCCAAAGUGGUCCCUAGAGGGUUCAGAGAAACAACGGCCCCCAGAGGGGACAACAAAAAUAGUGGUCCUUCAAGAAAUAUUUUAGGGGUCUUUUAAUUUUUCAUUCAGUUUUUUUCAGAACCCCUAACUGGAACCCCUAUAGAGACCACUUUUGCAAGCUUCAUUGCUCCUAUAGGGAGAAGUUAAGUGGUCACUUGAGGGGAUCUUCAAAAGCCUUUAAGGUUGCGCCUGUAGGGAUCACUAUGACGUUCUUAAAAAUAAGAACAAUAAGAAAAAACUGUCCGGGUUACGGUAGACAAGUUGUUACCUGCGUAUCUAAGUGAUAAUAAGUAAAAUGUAUGACUUCACAUAAAAUGGAUAAACCCGAAAGUUAUUUUUUGCAGAGGACCCCAAUGCGAACAGUUCUGCCGUCCGACGCAAGGUCUUACGGCCCUCGGAAUCCAACAUUUAACGUGUGGAAACGUGGUCGGAGACAUGCUCCAUUGCCAUCAUUCCGGGAUUCGACCUUGA